AAAAACAAACUUAUGAAACUUUAACAAAAACUGCAGGUGUUUGUCUAUCUGGUGAUUUUUUGGUUAAAACAUGCCCAUUCUUCAUUUAGCGAAGUUACUCACAUUGGGUAGGGAAUCCAGAAAUUUUACUCAAGUAAGAGUAGCAAUAUUUCAUAAUAAAUUAUUACCCAACUUUGUGAAUAUAACAUCUACAAGUAUGAAUCUACCAGUUUGCCAGAAGAGUUAGCAAAUUUAUUAUAAAUAAAACAUUUAACAAGCAUUAGCUUGGGGGAUUUUAAUGAAAAUAGAAUUUAAAAAAAUCAGUUGAUAGGUGAGCAAUUCAAAAAUACCUUAUUAAUCCCAAAGGGAAAUUAAAUGUUAUGUUUAAUAAUAAACCUUCUACACUAAGAUUUUAAAUUUUAUACUUAUCUCAGUGUUGUAGAAAAGGUGAACCACGUGACCCCGUGAAGGCCAGUUCAUAGAGUGUCGUAACUGUUUUUAAAGGCACUGGUUCCGCUGAAAAGCCUCCAUUUUGCGCAGUUCAUCCCACUUCCUGGUUUCUGGGAAGGAAGGGACCGACAGCAGCGGACAGUAUGGCUCUGCUUGUGGGUCAGUAGUGCGGGUAAAGUCUGCCGUGACAACCAGAAACAUUGAAAAGUGGCCCAAUAGCUUGUUUUAUAUGGCAACACGCAGAGGUGUCCUACUCGGGCAGUGACUGUAGGUAGCCGAACCGGGUUGACACUGUCAGCUUUGAAGUAAACAGCUCUAUGCUAACAGCUAGUCGCUAACAUUAGCCCCGGCUAACCUGUGAAUUUCUUCGGCGGCGUUCAGCCACACUACUGCGACCUGCCAGCAGCCUUCCUCGAGCUGUUUCUUUUUCUGUUUGUUUAUUUUUACCAUACUGCUUCAACGAGAGACUGCCACGCCAGCACUUUCCAUUCAUGUUGUUUGGGCAAACGAGAGUACCGAAGCUCCGAGAAUCGGUGUAUGCUGUCAUUAAGAAGACAGUAACUCCAUUGGCCUUUGACCCCCAGAGAGAGUUCCCAGUAAAGGGACAGGAUGCCGAUUCCUCCUCCCCCUCCACCUGGACCCCCACCUCCCCCAACCUUUAGUCAGGCCAACACCACGCCUCCGAAGCUGAAUUCGUCUGAGACGAAAGGCCGUGGAGCCCUGCUGUCAGACAUCUGCAAAGGAGCCAAGCUGAAGAAGGUCGCUGAAGUCAAUGACCGCAGCGCUCCAGUACUGGACAAACCUGGAGGAGGCGGAGGCGGAGGUGGUGGCGGAGGCGGUUUUGGAGGUGGAGGCCCGGUUGGAAUGGGAGCGCUUUUCCAAGGAGGCGUUCCAAAAUUACGUCCAGUUGGAGAUGGUUCAGCUGUUGGUUCAGUCGGCAGAUCUGCCCUUCGACCCCCGGGGUCACGACCCGCAGCUCCUCGCCCCCCUGGCGGUCGCUCCACCUCGCCCACCCCGGCCAACAAGCCGUCUUCAUCGGACCACCAGCGGUCCCACCGCCCCUCGCUGCCGGACAUCAGCCGCCCCCCCGGCAACAAUUCUUCCAGCGGGGGGAUGAAGCACAGCACCUCUGCUCCUCCGCCUCCUCCCCCCUUCAGCAAAGGUAGCCGUGGCAACGCUCCUCCCACCCCGAACCAGAAAGGCCCAUCCUACAGUAGAGACAAAGUUCUUCCUCCAACACCCACCAGAGGCUCUUCCUCCUCCUCCUCCUCUUCCUCAAGCAGCAACGUCAAGUCUAAUCAUUCCUCCAGCAAACCGCCAAGCAGCGGCUCGUCGAUGCCACCGCCUCCUCCGCCCUACAGGCCGAGCGGCACCGCCAACGGGCCGUCGCAGGUAGACGGUGGUGGGGCUCCGGAGCUUCCUCAGAGAAAAAACUCGCUACGCAACAAACGGACCUCAGGAGGCAGCGGUGGCGGCGGCCAAGGUCGUAACCACGCCCCGCCACCGCCUCCGGUGCCGCCUUCUUCCUCCCAGCAGGUCAGCAGACCGCCACCGCCAGCCAGAGAACCACCUGGACGCAAAACAGCCCCUCAGUUGCCUCCUUCCAAUUCUCGUAAUGGUGGAAGAGACGCUCCUCCGCCGCCCCCGUACCGCGGGCAUAGUACUGGAGUUUCAGAACAACACGGCCGGGUGAAACCCCCGCCGCCCCCUUCGCCUUCACCCGUCUCAUCUUCCUCCUCCUCCCGGACCCCGGCUGGACCUCCUCCUCCUCCUCCACCUUUCAGGAAUGGCCACUCCACGGGUCCCUCCUCCAAAUCCAUCAUGGAUGAUUUUGAGUCAAAGUUCAACUUUCACCCCAUUGAAGAUCUUCCACCUCCUGAGGAGUUCAGGCCCUCCAACCGGGUUUACCCCAGCAAAUCUGACAGGGUAGUGUUGAGAGGAGCUCCUCCAGCACCACCUGUGGGGAGGUGAACCAGUUUCCACUCAGGACUUUAACUGUGUCAGAAGACAUAAUGAGCCAGCAGGGGGCGGUGGAGAGACACGCAAAUCUUAGACACACUACAUACGAAAUGACGCUAAGCCAGCCCGACGCACCGCGGCACAAACAACGUAAAGUUUUGACACCACAUCAGAGAACAAAACCACCGACUCUGCUCAGCUCCACCUCCUCCAACGAUGGGACACAACACGACAUAUCAGGACCAGAACUCUGAAUUAUUCUUUUAAUGACAACUAUUAUGAUUUUUCUCAAUUCUUAACUUGGCUUCUAUUUUUUUCUUUUUAUUGGGUGUCAUUAUUAUGUCUUUUUGGGGGGAAAAUCAACUUUAUAAAUGGAAACUAUGUUGUUAAAUGUUUCUGAGAAGCUCUUUGCGCCACAGAUGUGGGGUUGUUGUGUUUAGUUUUUUGGUUAAUCGCCGUUCCCGUUGCCAGGUAACGGUGUUCCUUUGCAGCCAAUUUUUUUUAUUUUUUUCUGCAUGCCAAAAGCUUUUUCAGUCACAUUAUUUUUCCUCUGUAUGUAAAAUAGAUUUUUGCAUCUUGAUGCUGUCAACUUUUUACAUUUGGAGAGGGAAUGCAUUCCUUUUUUCCACUUUUCCUUCUUUCUGAAUGUUCAUAUUUCCAUCUUCAGGCGAUUUUUGCACUUCACCUUAACCGCUAAAACCAACACUGUGCAUGAUGCUGAUUUAUGCACUUUAGAGAUAAAAUAUUUCUUAUUCAGUUACGUUUGUGUAACAUUAUAAGCUUGUUCAGUGAUGUUACAGUGACCGGAUCGUCACUGUUUAGUCGAGCAUGAACCCAAACCAGGUUAGAGGAUUUAUUUGGGAUUUUCCACCAAAGUAGUUCCAGUUCUUUACUGGUUCUAUUACAAUCCAGUUUGUUGUUUUUUUCCACAGAGAACCGGCUCCAACUGUACAAUAUCUGAGGCACUUUAUUGACAACGAUCCCAGAGAUUUUAUCUUUUUUUCUGUCUGAGCUGCCAACAGAAUUUACAUCCUGAUUAAAUAGAUUUAUAAACACCAGGCCCAAGAGUACUGCAAAAAACUAAAUCUUACCAAGUAUUUUCCUUAUUUCUAGUGCAAAUAUCUUGGUACACUUGAAAUAAGACAGCACUUUUCUUGCUGAAAAGUCACUUGUAAGUUCAGUUUUGUCUUAUUUCAAGUGUGCUAAGAUAUUUGCACUAGAAAUAACUAACACUAACUUUUCAGAAAGACACAUGAGCUUGUUUUAUAUUGAUUUUAAAAAGUUCCAGUUCCGCUGGCAAAUUUCACGUAUAUGUGAAGUAAUCUGCCAGUGGAACUAGAACUUUAUCAUCAAUAUUAAGGAAUUAGUUACUUAAAACAAGCUCAUAUAUUUUGCUGAAAAAUAACUUAAGUAAGUUUUUCUUAAUUGGAGCAUGAGAAGAUAUUUGCACUAGAAACUAGACCAGAAAUCUAGUCUAGGUAAAAUUUGGUAAAAUUUUGGGUUUUUUGCAGUGCAUUUAUAAGUUCCCUGGCUGGCGACAGUAAAUCUGACGAACCUGAGGCAUCAGACAUAUCUCCAGUGCUAAUUUACCUGUUUAUGGGCAAUGAAGCAUUGUUUUUUAUUAAGUUGUAGUUUUAAAAGAUUUACUUUUAGAUCUAGAUUCAGAACUGAAACCGGUUUAGUGGAAAAUCCCCUUAGCUGCAGAUUUUCCUAGUUUGUUGGAGUUUACAGGAAAUAGUCAUAUAUAUAUAAAUAUCAGAAAUCUUUCAGGAGGUAAACCUAAAAGCUAUUCAUUAUUUUCUUUUUCCACAGAAACAUUAUGAUUUUUAUUUUCUAUGCAAGAAACGGUUUGUAGUUGUAAAUGGUAGCAGCUAAUAAAACGUUGAACACUAAGUGCCAGAAAACUGUUUAAAUCAGUGCUAUUUUACUUUUUUAUGAUGUGCUAAACUUCACUUUAAAACACUAAUUGCUCUCAUAGAUUAAUUGCUAAAAUGGAGGCGGAGGAUGAGGUUAGUUGGUGAUUUCUCACAGAAGCACCGUUUCUUGCUGCUCUUUGCCUUACGCCAGGCUGACUUCACUUCUCUUUGGUACUUUCUGGCUUUUACAGUUUAUUUAGUCUUUUCAGGUGACGGCCAGAAACAAAAUAGGAAACAAGUGUAUUUGAAAAUGCAAUAAAUAUUGUAUAUUUACACUAAAGAAUGAUAAUCCUAAUUACUGAUCUAUUUUUGUGAUGUAAUACGAUUUUGUGAUAUAGGAAAGUUUCUCCAGCGGUGAUUGAGCUCCAGUAUGACCACCUGGUUCAAUCGCUGGGGUGAAUGAUGCUCUUAUGCAUGUCAGUUUUUCACCAGCUGGUUGUUUUUAUUUUUUUGUAUGAUUCCUAAAGAUCCAUCAGGUAAUAGACGAGUGAUCGACGGCGGUGACUUUAUUGAACCUGCACUUUCUUUACUGGAUGUAAACUCACCUCUGACACACGAGUGAUCUGUCACGAUGUUUUCACGUUGCUCACUCUGAAAAACAGGAACCAAGUGGUGGAUAUUUGUUUUUAAUCUUUUUUUUUUUUUCCAUCUGAAAUAAAUUCAAUAAAAUACAUUCUUGUUAGGGGACAAAGGGUA